CAGCUGCUGCUGAUGCUGAGAGGACACCGGGACACCAGGGACUAAAACAGGACACCAGGACCCGCAGGGACACGCACGGACCCCCCGGACCCCCCAGAUCAUCCAUCACCUGACGGGGACGCGCAGAAACGCGCAGAGCCGCGUCAGCGGCGCGUAACGGAACCAGACAGCGCUCGGAUUGGCUCGGAUUGGAACCAUUUUUGGGGUUUUUCUGUUUUAUCAUGCAAGAAAACGGAGAAUAAAAGGAAAUAAAAAGGAUAAAUUCCCGGAUCUAUUAGGAUUUAGUCCCUGUGGAUUGUUUUCUGGAGGAAACGGAACCCGCUUUGCGUCCAGAUUCAUCUCCUCAGAAAACCCGGCGGAAUCGAUGAAUGCGUAGCCGGGUCCGGCCAUGUGGAUAACGAGUGCAGGUCCGAGGUCCCGGGUCCCGGUCCUGGUCCUGGUCCUGGUCCUGGUCCGGGUCCAGGCCGCCCUGGCCGCCCUGGAGCUGCAGCUGGACGAGAACCAGCCGGCCGGCACCAUCGUUGGGGAUAUCAGCGCGGGCCUGCCGGCCGGCGAGACGGCGUCGCUCUACUUCAUCUCCGACCUGGGCGGCUCCGGCGUGGGCUCCGGGGUCGGCUCCGACCUGCACAUCGACGAGACCACCGGCAUCAUCACCACGGCGCGGCGGCUGGACCGCGAGGAGCGCGACCACUACAGCUUCAUCGCCGUGACGGUGACCGGCACCACCAUCGAGGUGUCGGUCACCGUCAACGACGUCAACGACCACGCGCCCCAGUUCCCCCGGAAGAGGACGCUGCUCAAGAUCCCGGAGCACACGGCCGUGGGGACGCGGUUCCCCCUGGACCCGGCCUCGGACCCGGACCGGGACCAGCUCACCACGCAGGGCUACACCAUCAGAGAGGGGAACGUGGGCCAGGCGUUCCGUCUGGAGAGUAAACGCGGCUCCACGGACGCGGCGCUGCAGCUGGACCUGGUGGUGAACGGCCCGCUGGACCGCGAGCAGCGGCCGGCCUACACGCUGCUGCUAGAGGCCUUCGACGGGGGCUCGCCCCGCAGGCUGGGCUCCACCACGCUGGAGGUGGCGGUGACCGACGUCAACGACCACGCCCCCGCCUUCAACCAGAGCCGCUACCACGCCGUCAUCUCGGAGAGCCUCCCGCAGGGAAGCAGCAUCUUACAGGUGUUUGCAACAGACAAGGACGAGGGCGACAACGGUCUGGUUCUGUACGAGAUCAACCGGCGUCAGAGCGACCCGGACCGAUACUUCGUCAUCGACCUCAAGUCCGGCGUCAUCACCCUGAACAAAGGACUGGACUACGAGAAGAAGAGAGUCCACGAGCUGGUGGUGCAGGCGCGGGACAACGCCAGCCAGCCCGAGGUGACCAACACGUUCGUGACGAUCCACGUGCGCGACUUCAACGACAACCAGCCGACGAUGACGAUCAUCUUCCUGAGCGAGGACGGGUCCCCGCGGAUCUCGGAGGGCGCGGAGGCGGGCGAGUACGUGGCCCGGAUCUCGGUGACGGACCCGGACUACGGCGAGUACGCUAACGUGAACGUGUCCCUGGAGGGCGGCGACGGGCGCUUCGCCCUCACCACCAAGGACAGCAUCAUCUACCUGAUCUACGUGGACGCGGCGCUGGACCGCGAGGAGCGCGACUCCUACGACCUGCGCGUCACGGCCACCGACGCCGGCUCGCCGCCGCUGCGCGCCGAGUCGGCCUUCACCCUCACGGUGACCGACGUCAACGACAACCCGCCGCUGUUCGACCAGCAGGCGUACCGGCAGACCAUCCCCGAGGUGGUUUACCCGGGAUCCUUCGUGCUGCAGGUGACGGCGCGGGACAAGGACCAGGGCCCCAACGGGGACGUCCGCUACAGCCUGCUGCCCGGCGGGGACUCCCACUCCGACUGGUUCUCCAUCGACCCCGUCACCGGCAUCAUCACCACGGCGACCGCCCUGGACUUCGAGUCGGAGCCGGCGCCCAGCGUCACCGUGGUGGCCACGGACGGCGGCCGGCCGCCGCUGUCGUCCACGGCAACCGUGGACAUCGUGGUGCAGGACGUCAACGACAACGCGCCCGUGUUCCCGCGGGAUUUCUACAACGCCUCGGUGGGGGAGAACACGCCGGCGGGAAGCUGCUUCCUCCAGGUCUCGGCCACCGACGGGGACCGCGGUUCCUUCGGGGCCCUGGUCUACGCCCUGGGGUUCUCCUCUGGAACCGGGACCCAGACCCCCUUCACCAUCAACAAGGAGACGGGGCAGAUCUGCACCAGCAACCCCCUGGACCGGGACCAGGGACCGGACCGGUUCGACCUGACGGUGACGGCCACCGACGGGGGCGGUCUGAGCUCGACGACCCGCGUCCGGGUGACGGUGACGGACGUCAACGACAACCGUCCGUCCUUCUACCCGCUGCUCUACACCGUCAGCCUCAGUACCCACAGUGCACCGGGAACCUCCGUCGCCAGGGUAACGGCCAACGACCCCGACGCCGGGGACAACGGCCGGGUGACGUACCGCACCGUGCCAGGAGGGGGCUCCACCUUCUUCACCCUCAACAAGGACACGGGCGUGAUCUCUCUGUCCCGCUCCCUCCACGGUAAGGCCAACUCCGUGAUCUCCAUGGUGAUCUCGGCCGAGGACGGCGGCGGGCUGGCGGCGCCGGCUAACGCGCGGGUGAACGUUAGCGUGGUGGGCGGCUCGGUGGCGCCCCCCGUCUUCCAGCAGGCGCAGUACUUCUUCACGGUGUCGGAGGACGUGCUCCGGGGGACGGAGGUGGGACUCGUCCACGCCGCCACCAAGACCGGCGUCUCAAAGGGCGUGUUCUACUCCGUCUCCUCCGGAGACCCCGACGGCUACUUCACGGUGGACGGCGGCUCUGGUACCAUCCGGACGGCGCUGCCGCUGGACCACGAGACCUGCUCCAGCCUGGACCUGGAGAUCCAGGCCCGGUCCGGGUCCCCGCCGGCCUACGGGACCAGCCGGGUCCGGAUCACCGUCUCCGACGUCAACGACAACGCGCCGACCUUCCUGCCCUCGUCGUCCGAGUCCAUCGUGCUGCCGGAGGCCACCAAGAUGGGGGCCGUCAUCUACCGCAUCUCGGCCACGGACCGGGACUCGGGCCACAACGGCCAGCUGAGCUUCGACCUGGUGUCGGCCGGCGCUGCCGGUGGUGCUGCUGGCGGCGCCGGCCAGAGGACCUUCGGCGUGGACCGGAGCACCGGGGAGGUGCGGCUCAUCGGGGCGCUGUCCUACGACAGCGUUCCACGCUACGACCUACAGGUGACGGCGAAGGACGGCGGAGCUCCUCAGCUCAGCUCCACCUUCACGCUGGUGGUUCAGGUUCAGGCUCCGGACGCCGAGGGUCCGAACUUCGACACCCUGAUCUACCGGGUGGAGCUCCGGGAGAACUCGGCCCUGAACACGCGGUUCCUGCAGGUCCGAGCGCUGAACAGAGAGGCUGCUGGGAACUCUGGCUCCUCGUCCUCCCCCAUCUCCUACCGGCUCCGGCCCGACGGCGACGCCGCCGGCUUCGGCGUGGCGCCGGACAGCGGCUGGCUGUUCGUGCGCAGCGCGGUGGACCGCGAGGUGAAGGACCUGUACCUGCUGACGGUGCUGGCCACGUCGGGCCGGGCCGGGGCCGCCGCGGGGCCGGGGGGGGCCGGCCGCACCGGCAGCGCCACCGUUAGGGUCACGGUCACCGACGAGAACGACAACGCCCCGCGCCUGAGCCAGGACCGGGUGUUCCUGGCCGUCAGGGAGAACCUGCUGGCCGGGACCGGCUUCGGACGGGUGUCGGCCUCGGACCGCGACGCCGGGCUCAACGCCCGCCUCGCCUACCGGCUGCUGCACCAGGACCGACGCUUCCAGAUCAACGCCCAGACCGGGGAGAUCAGCACCCGGCUGGCCCUGGACCGGGAGCAUCAGUCCAGCUACCAGCUGGUGGUGGUGGUGCAGGACGGGGGCACGCCGCCGCGCAGCGCUACCGGCACCGCCCACAUCACGGUGCUGGACGACAACGACAACGCUCCAAUAUUCACCCACGUCAGGCCGGACAGGGAGCUGCUGCUGCAGGUGACGGAGGGACUGCCGUCCGGGACGGUGGUCGGGGCCGUGACGGCCAAAGACCCGGACGAGGGCGAGAACGGGACCAUCUACUACUCCCUGUCAGGUCCCCGAGCCGAGCGGUUCUCCCUGAACCCGACCAGCGGGGAGCUCCGGACCGCCGCCCCGCUCAGGUUCGUGGAGAGAGCCGAGUACGGGUUUACGGUGACGGCCGCCGACCACGGCUCGCCGGGCCAAAGCUCCACCUGCCAGAUCCGGAUACAGGUCCUAAGCUCCGCCCUUUCCCCCACCACCUCCGUCCUCUCCGUGACGCUGACGGCGGAGGAAGGCUCCGCCCCCGGCUCCGUGAUUGGCUCGGUGCGGCCGGACCAGCGUGGCUCCGCCCCCCCGGCGGGUCAGGUGACCUACCUGCUGGUGGGCGGGUCCGACCAGGACGGCACCUUCAUGGUGGACCGUCUCGGCGGCGACGUGCUGCUGGUGCGCGAGCUGGACUACGAGCGCGGCCACCGCUACACGCUGCACGUCGAGGUGUCCGACUUCUCCGGGAACUUUCCCAGCAGCCACCUGGUCAAGCUGGACAUCCAGGUGACGGACAGCAACGACCACGCUCCCCGCUUCCUCCAGGACCCCGUUACCAUAGUAACCCCCGAGAACGCCGAGCCAGGGGCCUCGAUCUACACCUUCCAGGCCGAGGACCAGGACGGCAGCGGCCCGAACAGCGAGCUGCGUUACUCCAUCCAGCACCGCUGGCCCGACUCCCCGGACCUGCUGCUCCUGGACCCGGUUAGCGGCGUGCUAACGCUGGGCCGGCGUCUGGACCGCGAGGCCACGCCCUCCGUGUUCCUGGUGGUCCGGGCCACCGACCAGGCGGCCGACCCGGCCCGGCGCCGCUGGGCCUCCGUCUCCGCCCGCAUCUUCGUCACCGACCAGAACGACAACGCGCCCGUGUUCGGGUCGCCGUCGGCCGUCAGCGUCAUGGAGGACACGCCCGUGGGGUUCGUGGUUCUGUACCUGACGGCCCGGGACGACGACGAGGGCGACAACGGACGGGUUUCCUACCGGAUCCAGGCGGGAAACAGCGGGGGCCGGUUCAGCCUGAACCCCAAUACCGGAGCUCUGUCCAUCCAGAAGGUUCUGGACCGGGAGCAGCAGGACUCCUUCAACCUGACGGUGUUGGCGGAGGACGGCGGUUCUCCCCAGCUCUCGUCCUCCACGCUGCUGCGCGUCACCGUCAUCGACGUCAACGACGAGGCCCCGGCGUUCACGCAGGACCAGUUCCAGGCCCGGGUGGUGGAGAACCGGGGACCCGGCACCACGGUGAUCCGGGUGGAGGCCACGGACCGGGACCAAGGUUCCAACGGCCAGGUGACGUACGGAGGAGUGACGGAGGACGGAUUCAUCAUCAACCCCCUGACCGGAGUCAUCACCACCACCAAGGAGCUGGACGCAGAGACGCAGGACCGCUACACGCUAACCGUCUACGCCCGGGACGGCGGCCUCCCUCCCAACUUCUCCAAGGCCGUGGUCCGCGUGGAGGUGACGGACGAGAACGACAACGCGCCGGCGUUCGCUAAGCUGUGGUACCAACUGGAGGUUCCGGAGAACCAGGACCCCGUGGAGCUGAGCCUGCUCCGGGCCUCGGACCCGGACUCUGGUCCUGGAGGGGAGCUGGAGUACCGGAUCAAUGGCGGCGACCCGGACCAGGACUUCCGUCUCCACCCCACCACGGGAACUCUGGCCACGUCGCGGGGCCUGGACCGGGAGAAGACGGCGAGCUACGACCUGGAGGUGGUGGCGUCGGACCGGGGCAGCCCCGCCCUCAGCGCCACCGUCACCGUCCAGGUCACGGUGCUGGACGUCAACGACAACUCGCCCGCCUUCAGGAAAAGCAGCUACGCAGUGGACGUGUCGGAGGACGCAGCCGAGGGAUCGCUGGUGGUGGAGGUUUCGGCCUCCGAUGCUGACGACGGCGUUAACGGGAAGGUUCUGUACUUCCUGAGCCCGGAAGUUCGCGGUUCCUUCUCCGUGGACGGAGACUCUGGCCGCAUCACCACGGCGGCGCCGCUGGACCGGGAGAAAACGCCGUCGUACAGUUUCCAGGUGUUCGCCGUCGACCUGUCGCCGGCGGCCCCGAGGAAUUCCUCCGCUCAGGUGACGGUCUCGGUCCUGGACGUGAACGACAACGCCCCGUUCUUCCUCACGGACCCGCUGGUGGUCGAGGUUUCGGCCCGUCGUUCGUCCCAGCGCAUUCUCGCCACCAUGAAGGCCGAGGACAAAGACUUCGGCGCCAACGGCUCGCUGUUCUACCGCUUCGCCGCGCCGGCGCCGGGCUUCGGCAUCAACUCGCUGACGGGCGAGAUCCGGGCCACGGAGCCGCUAACGGGGCUAACACCGGCCCAGCGGACCCUGAUCGUGGAGGCCAUGGACCAGGGAAACCCCGCGCAGUCGGCGCACGGCGUCGUGGUCGUCCACGUCACGGAGCAGCCGCACGACGGAAUCCGCUUCUCCAGGAACGCUAGGGACGUUAGCCUGCAGGAGAACGCUGUUAAAGGCACGGCGGUGGCUCAGGCUCAGGCCCAGCAUCCCGACGGUUCCAGGAGAGGAAUCAGCUACAGCAUCUUCAGUGGAAACAAACGGCAGGCUUUUACCAUCAGCUCCUCCACAGGAGAGAUCUGGGUGGAGAGCUCCAGGGGUCUGGACUUCGAGGACUCCCCCCGACUCCGGCUGGUGGUGAAGGCGGAGACGGUGACGUCCACGUCCUUCACGGCCAUCAACCUGGUCCUGCAGGACGUCAACGACAACCUGCCGCGCUUCCAGCUGCAGAACUACGUGGCCUACAUGAGGGAAGCGCAGGGCUACGAGACGCCCAUCAUAAAGGUGGUGGCCGAGGACGUGGACCAGGGCAGCAACGGUCAGGUGACCUACUCCAUCCAAUCCUCCGGCAUGAGCGGUCUGUUCAGGAUCAACCCGGCGACCGGCAGCAUCACCACGGCCGCUAUCAUGGACCGGGAGAUCUUCAAACAGACCAAGCUGGUCGUCACGGCGACCGACAGAGGGAGUCCCCGGCUAGCCGGUUCAGCUACGCUAACGGUGAUCAUCGUGGACCAGAACGACAACAGUCCCACCAUCCCGUUACCCCAGGAAGUUCGGAUACCGGAGAAUACGCUGAUCGGGACGGAGAUCACGCUGGUGACGGGCAACGACGUGGACUCGGGCCCCGCGCUGUCGUACUCGCUGCAGCUGGACGGGACGGCGGCGGGAAAGUUCGGGAUCCACCGCUACGGCGGCGGCGUGUCGCUAACGGGCCCGCUGGACUUCGAGGAGAAGACGUGGUUCACGGUGACGGUGCGGGCCACGGACGGCCGGCACCGUGCCGAGGCCAACGUCACCGUCGUGGUGGAGGACGUCAACGACAACGCCCCGGCCUUCACGCACGACCUCUACCAGGUUACUCUGCCGGAGCACACGCCGCCUGGAAGUCCCGUCAUCACCGUGACGGCCACCGACAGAGACUCGGGAGAAAACGGCCGGAUCACCUACAGCGUGAUGUCGUCGACGCAGGAAGGAUUCUACAUCGACGCCAACAACGGAACUCUGUUCAUCAACCACCGGGCUGAGUUUGACCCCGAACGUCCGUCCGUCAACAUCGUGAUCGAGGCCCGGGACCGAGGGACGCCCCCUCUGUCCUCCCUCACCACGGUGCAGGUUCACAUCGCCGACGUCAACGACCACGCGCCGGCGUUCCACCAGGCCGACUACAGAGCCACCGUGUCGGAGGAUUCCGUCCCCGGCUCCACCGUCCUGACCUUCGAGGCGUUCGACGGCGACCUGUCGCGGGAAAACUGCGGCUUCGACUUCGCCGUCGCCGACGGCAACGAGGGCAACGCGUUCCAGAUGGAGAGCAGCGUGCGGUUCGUGGAGGGGCGGGGCUUCCGGACGGUGGGGACGCUGCUGCUGUCGGAGGGGCUGGACUUCGAGACGAAGCCGCUCUACAACCUGACGGUGGUGGUGUCGGACCGCGGCGUCCCCCAGCGCAGCUCCAGCGUCGCCGCGGUGAUCACCGUCGCAGACGUCAACGACAACCCGCCGGCGUUCGCCAGGGCCGAGUACAGCGUGUCGCUCAGCGAAGCAGCCGAGGCCGGGACGGAGAUCAUACGACUGACGGCCACAGACCCGGACUCGACUCCCAACGCAGAAGUCCAGUACUCCAUCAGCUCCGGGGACGAGGUGUCCUUGUUCUCCAUCGACCAGUGGACGGGAGCGCUGCGUCUCCGGCAGGCGCUCGACCGCGAGCACCAGCCGACGCACACCGUGGUCGUCCAGGCCGCCGACGGACACGGACACUUCGCUCUGGUCCCCGUCGUCGUGGAGGUCAAAGACGUCAACGACAACCACCCGUUCUUCCCCGUCGACGUCCUGACGGCCACCGUCCGAGAAAACCAGCCCCCGAACUCGGCGGUGACCGUCCUGCACGCCAUCGACCACGACACGGGCGUCUUCGGCCAGCUCAAGUACCGCAUGAUGGAGCGGUCGGGGACGGAGAAGGACAGCUUCGUCGUGGACGACGACUCGGGGGAAAUCCGGAGCAAGAUCACCUUCGACUUCGAGAAGGUCAACUCCUUUAACUUCGUGGCGGUGGCCGUGGACGCGGGCGACAAGUCGGCCACGGUGACGGUGCAGGUGUACGUCACCGGCGAGGACGAGUACGACCCGCUCUUCGCGUCCACGGAGCUUUCGUUCGAGGUUCCCGAGGGAGCCAGGAAAGGCGCGAGCAUCGGGGAGGUGCGAGCUAACGACGAGGACGGAGGCGUGGACGGCAUCGUCCUCUACAGCCUCACCUCCCCGUCCACGUAUUUUGAUGUUAACAAAACCACCGGGGUGGUUUUCCUGAAACUGGACGGCUCUGUUAGCGGCGGCGGUGGCGGCGGAUCGAGCCGGGCGAAGCGGGAAACCCGGACGAUGACGUUGGACGUGAAAGCCCACAGUCCCCUGGAGACGUCUCGCUCCGCCACGGCGCAGAUCUCCAUCGACGUGACCAACACCAACUUCGGCUUGGCCACCGACGUCAACGUCCUGCUCAUUAGCAUCAUCGCCGCAUCGCUCGGUUUCAUCGUCCUGCUGGUCGUCUUGGCCGUCGUUAUCUUCCUGUCCAAGUCGCGCAAGAGGAAGAAGGAGCAGGAAGCAGGAAACGCUGUCGCCGCGGGAACCGCCAUGAAGAAGCUGGACGAUUCGGCAGCGGGGGAAAGUAUCUACCACCAGACAUUGCCCGGGUACGACCAGGGCGGCGUCGGCGGAGGGCAGUAUCCCCGGGGGGGCUCGCUGGACCCGUCGCACUCCAGUGGGCGGGGAUCGGCCGAGGCGGCCGAGGACGACGAGAUCAGGAUGAUCAACGAGUACCCGCGCGUGGCGUCCAUCACCUCGUCCAUGCAGGAGCACAUCUCAGCAAGAGGACCCGACUCCGGGAUCCAGCAAGACGCCGAUCAACUCUCCGACAUUUCCUGCGAACCGGCCGCUCUAGAAGGCAGCGCUUGGUUCAAAGGGAAGAAGCUAGGAGGAAGUUUGAGCGGGACUUUGCUCUCCGGGCAGAUUCCGGUUUACCGAGACGAAGGCGGCGGCAGCGGCUUCCUGGGCGCGGGACGAGGUCUGAACGUCUCCCUGCCCAAGGACUACGCCUUCCCCGAGGACGGCAAGCCCAUGGUGGACGGGUCGCUCACCGCCAUCGUCGCCAGCGACGAGGAGCUAAGAGGGAGCUACAACUGGGACUACCUGCUCAACUGGUGCCCGCAGUUCCAACCGCUCGCCAACGUCUUCACGGAGAUCGCUCGGCUAAAGGACGAAACCGCCCAGAACACGCGCCAGCCCUUCAAGCCCAAAAUAGACCCCAAACCGAGGAUCGACCCGCCGCCGCUCAUCACGUCGGUGGCCCACCCGGGCGCCAUGUCGGUGCCGCCCAAGGUUCCCGUGAUCGGGCGGACGUUCCCCCACCUGGCGUCGCUGCGGAGAUCCCCCAUCAGCCACGAGGGCUCCAUCUCGUCGGCGGCCAUGUCGCCCAGCUUCUCCCCGUCGCUGUCGCCGCUGGCCGCCCGAUCCCCGGCCGUCUCUCCGUUCGGGGUCAACCAGGGCCCGUCGGCGUCCAUGAUCAGCACCAGGGAGCCGUCGCUGGACCACAGCCCCGACCACGAGAUGAGGAUAUGACCGCCACCGUAGCGGCGGAACAAUCCGUUUGGAUGCCAUUCGGUCAUUUUUGACCGCGACGUUAGCGGCGGAACAAUCCGUUCGGAGGCCGUUCUGUCGUUUGUACUCUCGUCCUUAAAAAAGAACAAUCAUUUGGCGGCUUUUACGCUAGUACCUACUCAGCCCGACUCACCUCGCCCUCGUUUCCUUUCCGGAUCAGAAGUCGGCAGGAAGUUGGAGCGAAGCUGCUGUGACGAACUUGAUUGUGCAUUUGACACAAAUGAAGAACUAAAGGCGCCAAAGACGGAGAACAUGGAUGAGUUGGUGUAUCUGCUGCUUAGCUUUUUGGUUUUCUUUGUUUCAGACAAGGAUAAGAGGUCUUACCUUUCCUUUUAAGGUAAGACCUCUUAUCCUUGUCUGAACCAAAGAAAACCAAAAAUCUAUCAACAUUGAAGACAUAAUGUUCUGUGGCAUUUAUUUGAUAUAAGUUCAAAACUACGCCAUUGUUCUUCCAAGAAAAUUAACAAGAAGUCGCCGUCAGAGUGGCCGUUGAAAUGAUGUCACUUCCUGACUCAGACGUCUGACUCCAACCCCCCGACCAAUCGGUGGCGUGUAGAGUGAUGACAUCACAGCCCGACUUAAAACCUCGGCAGAAUAGUUACAGAAAAGUAUCUACUCUGUAGUUAAACCCUGGUGGGAAAGAACCAAACUUGGUGGAGGAGACGAGUAGGUGCUGGUGGAAAAGCGCCAAUAGUCUCAAGACCUGAACAAACGUUUUACAGUCGCCCAGACGGACAUCUUUGUUUUUUACGGGCGAUGAAAGCUGAAAACUGAAAACUGAAAACGAACCGCGGACGGACUCGUGGUGGAACUUUUGUUUGGCAGUGAACACGCAGAAGUGGCAAAGCUUCCACUUCCCCCGCGACGCAGGAACGGCCUUCAGUCCGGGAUCCCGUAGUGUGUAGAAACAAACGAGUAGUUAACGAUAGUUAACGAUAGUUAACGUUACCUCACUGGCUGGCCAGAGAGAGAAGGACCUCGUCCUCUCUUUGUGUCUGUGGAUGUUUUUUACUCUCCUGAACUGAACUCUGAACUCAUGAACUCUAAAUGCUGCGGCUGCUUUUGGAUUAGCAAGCGAAGAGCGAAGAAAACGGAAGUAUUAGGGCCAGAAAAAUAGAAACAAUAUUUUAGAGGAGGAAGAUUUGUUUUUCAUUAUGCACUUAGAGAAAAAAGCCAAAAUGUCGAGAAAAAAGUCAAAAUUUUGUGAAUAAAGUUGAAAUGUUGAGAAAAAAGGUGAAUUGUCUUUACGAUAUUGAUUGUAAACACAUAUCACACAAUACAGUUGCAUAACUUCAGAAAAUUAACGUUCCACUCCAAGGAUGUAAGUUAGUUAGCUAGUUAGUUAGUUAGCUAGAGACAUUUAUACUUUAUUACAAAGUUGUAUUUCAACUUUAUUCACCAAAUUGUAUUUACACUUCAUUCUCGAAAUUUCGAUUUUAUUCACAAAAUUUUGACUUUAUUCACGAAAUUGUGUUUCAAUUUUAUUCUCGAAAUUUCAACUUUAUUCACGAAAUUUCAACUUUAUUCACGAAAUUUCGACUUUUUUCUCGACAUUUCGACUUUUUUCUCGACAUUUCAACUUCUUUCUCAAAGUGUACAGUAAAAACAAUCUUCCCCUCUAAUAUUUUCCUCUUCACGGCCCUGGUACUCCUGUAUUUUUCCGUAGAAGAGUUUGUUUUCACCGAGACUUUGACUGAUUGGCCGAGACGUCGCCGGGUGGGAGGAGCCUCCUCACUUCAUGACAUUUCAUCUGAUUUUUGCUUUUAUUUUUAUAUUUUUAUAUGAAUUUAAUGAUUUCAGAUUCAUAAUCCCACGUUGAGAGAUGAUUGUUUGUUCCUGUGUAUUUGCAUAUCUGUAUAUUUGUGUGUUUGCCGGUUCUGUUACUGUAUCGUCUAAUAGUGGACGUGUGUGCGUGGGAAAUGUUUGUUUUUAGCUUUAUUUAUAUGAAACAUGGACUUUUCUGUCACAAUUUGACAAUAGGAAACCAAGCACAGCUCACUUUAUGCUGUGUUGUUACCUUAUUUUAUUUUUUUUAACGGUCAAAAGUAGAUUUUUUUCCAAAUCCAAAACCACAUCCGGAUGAAAAUUUGCUGAUAACAAACAAAACGCCGACUUCUCCAUCAGUUUACACUGCAAAAACUCAAAAUCUUACCAGGAAUAUUUGUCUUAUUUCUAGUUAAAAUGUCUCAUUUUUAGUCAAAAAUCUCAUUACACUUAAAACAAGAGUCAUUAACAGAAAAAUAACUUAUUUGACAAUUUUCACCUGUUUCAAGUAAAUUUUCACUUGAAAUAAGUAGAAAAAUCUGCCAGUGGAACAAGAUUUAUCUUCUUAUUACAAGCAAAAAAAUCUUGUUCCACUGGCAGAUUUUUCUACUUAUUUUAAGUGAAAAUCUACUUGAAACAGGUGAAAAUUGUUGUUUUUUCCAGUGAUGAGUCUUGUUUUAAGUGUAAUGAGAUUUUUUUUUACUAAAAAUUUGACAUUUUAACUAGAAAUAGGAGAAAUAUUCUUGUUAAGAAUUUGAGUUUUUGCAGUGUAGUUCGGGGGUCAGCUCUUUAGCGCCGCCCUAGUGGCUCCUGGAGCUUUCUCAAAAAUGUUUGAAAAUGGAAAUCGAUGGGGAGGGAAAUAUAUUUUUUUGUUUUAAUGUGGUUUCUGUUGGAGGACAAACAUGACACAAACAUUCUGAACGUUUUUCCAAUGCUGUAAAAAUGUGUAGAAUAAAUAUUACAUUUCAACAUUUCUGUUAAAGAAGAUUUGUACGGAAGAGAAUCAGGUCCAUGCAGGAAAAUAAAUAUUGGAGAGGGAAAGAUAUUUUUUAUUGAGAAAAAAGUUGAAAUUUCUAGAUUAAUGUUGAAAUAAAAUUUUGAGAAAAAAGUCGAAAUGUCGAGAAAAAAGUGGAAAUUUCGAGAAAAAAGUUGAAAUGUUGAGAAAAAAGUCAAAAUUUCGUGAAUAAAGGUUGAAAUGUUGAGCAAAAAGGCGAAAUUUCAACUUUAUUCUUGAAAUUGUAUUUCAACAUUAAUCUCGAAAUUUCAACUUUUGUCUCAUCAUUUCAUGCAAAAUAAAAAAACAUCUUCCUCUCCAAUAUGUUUUCUCCUUCAGGCCCUGAUUCUCUUCCGUAGAGAAUUCAACGUUUCUUGGAGCGAAUCAUUUGCAUUCGUUACCUGAAUGCUUAGACUUAAUAUUUUGCGGCUCCAGAGAUAUUUGUUUUUUGUGUUUUUGGUCCAACAUGUUGGUUUUCCACCCCUGAUCUGAACUCUGAUCACCUUUGUGUCUUUUCUAAAGAAAGUGCUUCCUGAAUCAGCCGGAUCAGCCACUAAUAAUAAUCGUCCAGGCUGAGAUUCGUAAGUGGCUUAACAAGUUCUUCAUUCACCUUUAGGAAGAUCUCAAAGUGUUUGGAACUAGAGCUAAGAUAUCCUUAAAGUAUGGUAUAAUCUGAAAAGUAAUUAAUUAUUUAACUUUGAGGAUUUCGACACAUGAGCCAAACAAGCGAUGAAUGUACAACAAACACUCCAGAAACCAGUGCAGUAUUUAUGUCCCUCGUUAGCUCCUAGUUCUGUGUUUUCUACUCGUGUGAUUCAAAUAUCAGUGUUUUCCAGGUGUUUUCAGGUUCCACAUGUUAAACUCAUCUGCACUUUUAUUGUUAUGUGUCAUUCAGAUCCAGUUUUGUCCAGUUUUGUCUUGUUUUAAACUCUUUGGGGGACUGUUAGCCGUUAGCCGUUAGCGAGCGACGGCUCCGCCGUCAAUCAAACCGUUUCAGACUCAUUUCUGUAGAAAAAGCCUCAAGUUGAACUCGAUUCCAGCGACGGAUCAGAGCGACGGCCAAGAAUAAAGAACAAGGACCUGUACAUGUAUUGAAAGCAAAUAAUAAAUUCCUACUGAUC